ACCCAAUUGCCUUUUUCUUUUUCAUGAUACAAAAAAUUUUGAAUGGGCAUUUGUGUGGGAAAGCCUGCAAAUGUUGCUCAUGUUUCUUCUUCACAGUUCAUGGAUUAUGCAAAGGCUCAAAAUGAAAGAAAGCAUCGAUCAAGAACUAUAAUCUUCAAGAAAAUUUCAAGGGCAUCUGGAGAUGAGAAUUGUCCAAUACCCAUUAACCUCAAGGCCUUCACUUUCAACGAUCUUAAGACCGCCACCAAGAAUUUCCGGCCGGAUAGUAUGGUCGGGGAAGGAGGUUUUGGUCGUGUUUUCAAAGGUUGGAUUGAUGAAACCACCUUAGCUCCGGCGAAACCUGGCUGUGGUCAAGUUAUCGCAGUCAAAGUACUCAAGUCAGAAAGCCAUCAAGGUCACAGAGAGUGGCUUACGGAGGUCGAUUACUUGGGCAAGCUUCGUCAUAAAAAUCUUGUUAAACUCAUUGGAUACUGCGAGGAAUGUGAAAAUAGACUUUUGGUUUACGAGUUCAUGCCAAAAGGAUGUUUGGAAAACCACCUGUUUAGAAAAGGUGUUGAACCCAUCUCCUGGUCCAUCAGGAUGCGCAUAGCCAUUGAUGUAGCUCAAGGGUUAGCGUUCUUGCAUAGUAAAGAACCCAAUAUCAUCUACCGUGAUUUGAAGGCUGCUAACAUCUUGCUGGAUUCGGAAUUUACAGCGAGGCUAUCGGAUUUUGGGUUGGCGAGGAAUGGCCCGGUAGGAGACAACACACAUGUUUCAACCAGGGUUGUGGGAACCAGUGGUUAUGCUGCUCCAGAAUACGUAGCGACAGGGCACCUGACUCAAAAGAACGACAUCUACAGCUUUGGAGUAGUUCUGUUGGAAUUGCUCUCCGGACGACGAGCAAUUGCUGAUGAGAGAGCAGGGGGAGUCGAAGAGACAUUGGUUGAAUGGGUGAAGCCAUUUCUACUUGACAAUAGAGGAGUUUUUAGAAUUAUGGACACACGAUUAGGAGGCAGGUAUCCGAAGAAGGAUGCACAAGCUGUGGCUGCACUCGCGUUAAAGUGUCUUCGUAAUGAUCCUAAGAAUAGGCCAAUGAUGGAUGAGGUUGUUGCCUCUUUAGAAGAAAUUAUGAAUAUAUCCAAAAAUAUUGCAGAAACCUCACCACCUGAAAUAAGCCCUAAAAAUUAUACUAGGAGUAAGCUUAAAAAUACAAGCUUGGUACAAAGACAUGUGUUAGCAGAUGUAUAGGUCCUUCGCUUUGAUAACUAAAAUGAAUAUAUGGUCAUAAAAUGGUUAUUAGCUUGAUUUUUCGUCUAGAAUAUACAUUUUUCAUUAUGGCAAAAUUUUCAGU